CACUUCCUCCUCUGCAGCCUCCCAGAUCAGUACACAAAGGCAACAACGGCUGCUGGAGGAAGGGCUGCUCUUCACACACCCAUGUGGAAAUUAAGGCCCAGAGAAAAAGUCUGAUCUGCCAUACAGCCAGCCAUGGUGGCUUUGGCCAUGGUCCUUGUUUUCCUGCUGGUCCUGAGCAGAGGGGAGAGUGAAUUGGAUGCCAAGAUCUCAUCCCCCGAGAAGGCCACAGAAUGGAGGGAUCCCGAGCCAUCCCUGCAGGGGUCCUGCCAGCCUGCCUCCUCCUGCCGGGAAUGCAUCCUCUCACACCCAAGUUGUGCAUGGUGCAAGCAACUGAACUUCACCGCGUCGGGGCUGGCCGAGGAGCGGCGCUGCGGCCGGCGACAGGAGCUGCUGGCCCGCGGCUGCCCCCCGGGGGAGCUGGAGGAGCCCCGCGGGGAGCCGCAGCGGCUCCGCGUGAGCUUCCUGCGGGCCGAGGGGUACCCGGUCGACCUGUACUACCUCAUGGACCUGAGCUACUCCAUGAAGGACGACCUGGAGCGCGUGCGCCAGCUCGGGCACGCCCUGCUGCUGCGGCUGCAGGAGGUCACGCACUCGGUGCGCAUCGGCUUUGGCUCCUUCGUGGACAAAACGGUGCUGCCCUUCGUGAGCACGGUGCCCUCCAAACUUCGCCACCCCUGCCCCACCCGGCUGGAGCGCUGCCAGCCCCCCUUCAGCUUUCACCAUGUGCUGUCCCUGACCGGGGAUGCGGAGGCCUUCGAGCGGGAGGUGGGGCGCCAGAGCGUGUCUGGCAACCUGGACUCCCCCGAAGGUGGCUUCGAUGCCAUUCUGCAGGCUGCACUCUGCCAGGAGCGGAUUGGCUGGAGAAAUGUGUCCCGGCUGCUGGUGUUCACUUCAGAUGACACAUUCCACACGGCUGGGGAUGGGAAGUUGGGUGGCAUUUUCAUGCCCAGCGACGGGCACUGCCACUUGGACAGCAAUGGCCUCUAUAGUCGCAGCCCAGAGUUUGACUACCCCUCUGUGGGUCAGGUAGCCCAGGCCCUGUCUGCGGCAAACAUCCAGCCCAUCUUUGCUGUCACCAGUGCCACGCUGCCUGUCUACCAGGAGCUGAGUAAGCUGAUUCCUAAGUCUGCAGUGGGGGAGUUGAGCGAGGAUUCCAGCAACGUGGUGCAGCUCAUCAUGGACGCUUAUAAUAGCCUGUCAUCCACGGUGACCCUCGAACACUCUCCACUCCCUCCGGGAGUCCACAUCUCAUAUGAAUCUCAGUGUGGGGAUCCUGAGAAGAGGGAGAGUGAGGCUGGGGACCGGGGCCAGUGCAACCACGUCCGAACCAACCAGACGGUGAAUUUUUUGGUUACUCUCCAAGCUACCCGCUGCUUCUCAGAGCCCCAUCUUCUGAAGCUGCGAGCCCUUGGCUUCUCAGAAGAGCUGAUUGUGGAGUUGCACACGCUGUGUGAUUGUAACUGCGGGGACACCCAGCCCCAAGCUCCCCACUGCAGUGAUGGCCAGGGGCUCCUACAAUGCGGGGUAUGCAGCUGUGCCCCCGGCCGCCUGGGUCGACUCUGUGAAUGCUCUGAGGCUGAGCUGUCCUCCCCGGAUCUGGAAUCUGGGUGCCGGGCCCCCAACGGGACGGGGCCCUUGUGCAGCGGGAAGGGACGGUGUCAUUGUGGACGCUGCAGCUGCAGUGGACAGAGCUCCGGGCGUCUGUGCGAGUGUGACGACGCUAGCUGUGAGCGCCACGAGGGCGUCCUCUGUGGAGGCUUUGGCCGCUGCCGAUGUGGAUUGUGUCACUGUUACGCCAACCACACGGGCAGAGCGUGCGAGUGCAGUGAGGACACGGACCGCUGUAUCAGUCCCGACGGCAAUCUCUGCAGUGGGCACGGACGCUGCAAGUGCAACCGCUGCCAGUGCUCGGACGGCCACUUCGGCGCCCUCUGUGAGCAGUGCCCAGGCUGCGAGACGUCCUGUGAGAGAUACAGGGACUGUGCGGAGUGUGGGGCCUUUGGGACUGGUCCCCUGGCCCUCAACUGCAGCAGGGCUUGUGCCUCUGCCAACGUGACUCUGACUUUGGCCCCUAUCCUGGAUGAUGGCUGGUGCAAAGAGAGGACCCUGGACAACCAGCUGUUCUUCUUCCUGGUGGAGGAGGAAGCCGAAGACAAGGUCGUGCUGAGAGUGAGACCCCAAGAGAGAGUAGAUCACACCCAGGCCAUUGUGCUGGGCUGCAUGGGGGGCAUCGUGGCAGUGGGCCUGGGGAUAGUCCUGGCUUACCGGCUUUCUGUGGAAAUCUACGAUCGCCGAGAAUACAGGCGCUUUGAGAAGGAGCGGCAGCAGCUCAACUGGAAGCAGGACAGCAAUCCUCUCUACAGAAGUGCCAUCACGACCACGGUCAACCCCCACUUUCAGGAGGGAAGGAGUCCCCUUCUCUGAAGCGGGGGGAGGAACACUCCUCCCAGGGCUCUUCUCUUUCUUCUCAGCAGCCUGGUAGGGGACUACUGAGGAAUGGUCACCACCUACUUCAUUCUGACACCCGAGGGCUGCCUACCCCCGCAGCCUCACUUCCCUACCUCACGAGUGGCGGUCAGCCCCUGCGCCCCCGUAUACAAUAAAGACUCUUACCUCAGA